AUGACAAAUUAUAUAAUGUUUAGAAAAAAUAAAAUACAAUUAAGAUCAAAUAGAGAAUUAUUGGUAAAUAAAAUAGAUGGUGGAACAGUAUCUUUAGAUUGGUAUGAUUUUGGUGUAAGAUUUAAUGAUGAAACACCUAUAAUUAUAUUUAGUCAUAGUCUAUUGGGAGGAUCGAAUGAACCAUACAUUAAAUAUCUUGGAAAAUAUGCAUAUGAAACAAAAGGAUUUAGAUCAGUAGUGUUUAUAAACAGAGGGUGUUCAGGCACACCUAUAACUUCAGAUAUAGGUGGAUCAGGGAGUAGGAUAGAUGAUUUUGAAAUGGCACUAGAAUAUAUACAACAAAAAUAUCCAAAAGCACCGCUAUUUAGUGUUGGACAUUGUAUUGGUUCUAUGGUUGGAAGAGAUGGACAAACACCAAUAACAGCAUACGUUUGUAUUUCACCACCAGUGAAUGUUGGGAUGAGUAGCGAUUCAUUUACAUCCACUACAUUUCAUAAAUAUUUUUUUUAUAUCGAAUUACACAAGUUUAUGGUAAAACAUUACAGCAAAUAUGGUGAUAGGUUAAAGAAUUUUGGGUGUACAAUUGAAGAUGUCAAGCGUGCGAAAUCAGUUAGGGAAAUAGAUCAGCUAAUCACAACAAAGAUGUUUGGAUACAAGAAUGUAGAAGAAUACUACGAUGAUGCAAGCAACUGUACCCAACACAUGGAAAAACUAAACAAACCAAUGCUGAUUUUCAACUCUAAAGACGAUGUAAUGUCACCAUAUCAAAAUCUGCCGAUACACAAAAUAAAAAGCAACGACAACAUCAUUCUAGCUCUUACAAGAAGAGGUGGACACUUGGGUUUCAUUUCACGUAAAAACAAUUGGGAGAAUUGGUGUCACAAAGCUGCUUUAGAAUAUUUAUCAACAUUUGUCAAAAAAAUUUAA